AUGACAAGGGGAUACCUGAGUAAUACCCUCAGCGUCCUACUCGAUGCCGACUACGUUCUCAGCCUGACGAUGACGUUCUGUUCCAACAUCCUCGCGAUGGGCAUGAUGCCCUUGAAUCUCUUCAUCUACACGACCAGGCUGACGGACGAUAACGAGUCGUUGAACACGCCAUUCGGCGAGAUCGCCAUCCAGCUCGUCAUCCUUAUCAUACCUAUUGGCAUCGGGAUGAUCAUUCGGUAUAAAUGGCCUAAACUUCAGGAGAAGGCCAUGAAGUUACUCAAACCUGUCUCGACCAUUGUUCUAGCAAUCACGCUCGCCACGAGUCUCCCGUUCCAACUCUACAUCUUCGACGCUCCCUGGAACGUUUACCUGGCGGCCUUCUUGCUGCCGUUGUGUGGCGCUUUUUGCGGUAGCGUCAUCGCCAAGAUUACGUGCAUCAAGCCCAAUGCAGCUAUUGUCACGAUAUCGUUAGAAACAGGCGUCCAGAAUGCUUUGAUGGCCAACAGCAUCAUCGUCCUCUUCUACCCGAAGCCCGAGGCGGAGCUGGCGGCCCGCGUCCCAUUCCUCAUCUUCCUCAUGACGCUCUUCGAAGGGAUCCUCAUCGCGGCCAUCUACCUCCCUUACAAGCACUUCUGCAAGAAACCCGACGAUGAGGUGGACGACGAGGAGAAGAAGAUCAAGGAUGAGAAGAUGAAGGAGGUGUAUUCACCAGAGGAGAUGAAAGAGAAGAAGGGCGGUGACGGAGGACAUACAACAGAGAGCGCCUACGAAAAUCCGGCCUUCCAAAAGAAUUGAAACAACUAUCGCGUGGUCCAAUAUUAUCAACCGCGCGCCUAUUAUUUUUCGUAUAUCCUUCAAUAUUCAAGGAUGUGGAGCGCUUUCAUUCAAAUUGAAGUCUUUCCUUUUACAAUCAGAGUUGACGACAUUGCACAAUUUCAAAAAACCCUUCUAGAAACGAAGUAACAUAACUAGGGCAUAAAUGCGAGCGAUAAUUUUGAGGCCAUCUCAAAUUUCAUCUUAUAAUUGCGUUUAAGCGUCUAUGAAAAUGGUGAUUAUGAUGAUUAUGAUGGUAAGGAUGACGACAAUAUGAAAAAAUAUGAUCGUUUUCUUUUCCAAAAUCUGCCAAAAACGAUUACAAUACAAGCACCCCAAAUUGGGAAAAAAUAUGAAAAUCUUACAGAAUCCUAAAGCUAGAAAGAGUAAUAAAUUUUAAUAUUGAAUAUGAAUAUUGUUUUAUUAUGUUUGAUAGUUCUUGCAACAAUUCAUUCUCACAAAGCGAAGAGGUAAAAGAAAACAACAAAAGCAAAAAGCAUGUAGCUAGAAUUAUCACUUUAAUUAAUUGAGAUGCUUUAUUACUGUCCAACAUUUUCAGAUCAAACAAUAAGAUUGGACCAUGUCUUCAUUAUAGUGUGUGAAAACCCUUCAGAGAAUUCUGAGAGCAUUUGAAGACAGUGUAUUUUCUUUAUAUUUUGUUUUAGGUAAGUAAGGUUCAUGUUACUUCUAAAUGAGGCGGGGCACCUUUUGGAAAGGUGGACACAAUUUAGGGCAAGAGGGGUAGGGUAUGUGUGCCCCCCCCCCCCCUGUGUCCAUUCGCAACUGAUCAAGUGUAAGUUCACAAUUUUCUAUGAGGGAUUUAUAUAUAUAGUAUAUAUUUUUUGUAGAUUGUAAUAUGUAUAAUAAGUUUGAAGUGCCAUAGAAUUAAGAAAUAUGAUAUCUAGAAAGUGCUGCUGGGACUUAGGGGAAAAGACCUUGAUGAAUCAAUAGUCGUCUUUAUGACUUAACAGUAUUAAACAGUAAUUAUAAAGUCUGACAAUAUCAGAUUUAAUGCAAAUUUAAAAGUGUGAUAUUGAUGUUAAGCAUCUUUUUCAAAUCACCUUUCUUUGGGAUGCAUUUUACUGACAUCAUAAACUAAUAUCGCCAGAUUCAAGAGUUGUUGGGGGAUUACUUUUAUAUCUUACUUUCGUAUUGAAUUAAUUGUACCAUUUCUGGAUGGAAUGGAAGUGACAGUCCUUUGGAAUGGUGAAACGUUUUGCUAAGAUACGUAUGGUUGGUGGAGACGGAUUGUUAUUAAAUCAGAAGUCUUUACAUUGAGAAUGUCAAUAUUUUACAUUUUUAUUAAAAAACAUUGAUUUUCAGAACUUAUUUUCUUUUAAAUAUCUUUAAAUUGGAAAAGAUGAAAUAUGUGGACAAUUAUGACCCUUUCUACUUGUUUACGGUCAUAUUUUCAAAGUCAUGCAUUUAAUUAUUGAGCUGAAGUAUGAAGGGAGUAAUGACUGUUGCAAGAAGUUGUCAUUUGAUUAUGUACUAUAUAGGACAGAUUAUGUACUAUAUAGGACAGAUUAUGUGAACUUAUUCAAGAUAUGUUAAAUUCUUAUGAUAAAUAUAAAAAUAUACCACGGCUGAAAAAAAGAACAAGGUAAAAGAAAUGAAAUUAAAGUAGAAGAAAUUGUCAAACUUUAAUGGUAAUAUCAUUUAUCAACAAAACUUACAAAAAUUUGAAUGUGAAGUACAAAGAUCAUGGCAUGUCAUUGAAAACAAUGAAAAUGUCUUUAAAACAAUUUAUUCUAAAUAAAAUUAGCUAAAUUUUCUGUUUCCCUAUCCAUGAUUAAGAAAAAAUAAUUAUACCAUACACUUAUAUAAUUGAUUGAGAUACGUAGAAUAUACAAAGUGACAUUGUGAAAUGAAGAAAAUUAAGGAUACCCCUCACCCCCCCCCCCCCCAUAUGUGUUUAUAGCAUGAUUUCAAGUCAAAACGGGUAGGAAGAUAAAUUCUAACAAGAAAAUAAUAAUACAUUAAUACUUUUGACAAAAUCAUUAUCUGACACAACUGUCUGACACUCAUUCCUACUACCAUUGAAUUUGUAAUACCAAUGUAUUUUCGAAAUGUAAGAAAUAUGUAUUUAUGAUUGAAGUUAUGAAUGGAAAUGAAAAUUAAAUAUAUUGAUUAUACAGAUCAUUUAUCUCUUAUCACAUGUGAAUUUGUCAUAAUUGUUAAAAAUCUUCUGUCUCUUUUUUUUUCUUCUGAUGACAUCCCCUAUAUAUUGACAUUAAGCUGAUAAAAAAAUGUAUAUAAAUACUGUAUGCAGGAUUGAGCACAAUUUUU